AGAACGGCUAUGGACACCAUAAUCUAUAUAUACAAUUUUAUUAUAUGUACCAAAAGUUCGUCAUUGACUUGAAGUUGACUGUGAAAACAUUUGCCUUUUCACUACUAAUCGAAGUGAAUUCACUGAAUGAAAGUUAUUUCCAUAUUUUCUCUAUAAAGUUCCCGGACGUUUCUUAUCAUCUGUCUCCAAUUAGUAACACCUAAAACACUGGAAUCUUUAUCGCCAAAACCCAAAAGGAUAUGGGUAUUCUGUUUCCGUUCUACUUCUUCCUGAUCUUUCACCAGAUAGCUUCUGGAGCUGCAAAUGACUCCUCGCAGAAUUUCCAACCUUCUGAUAGCAUAGCGCUAGACUGUGGUUCCUCUGAUAAUAACAACCCCGCAUUCGACGACCUAACCUGGGAACUAGAUAUCAACCAUAAAUUUUUCCCUCAACAAGGUCAAAAUAACGCAUCGAUCACCUCCACAGCCGUUCAUCCACCCGCCAUCCCUGUCCCUUACCAAACUGCUCGACUGUCUCGCUCCGAAUUCUCCUACUCCUUCCCCGUCACUGCAGGCCAAAAGUUUAUUAGCUUGCACUUUUACCCUGAUAUAUACGGAGACUUUGACAGCUCGAAGGCCUUCUUCUCCGUUAAAGCAGCUAAUUAUUCCCUCCUAAGAAACUUCAGCGGUUUUCUUAGUAUUGAUGCUCUUGAUGGAUACGGCAUGGUAAAAGAAUUCUGCCUAAAUGUUGAAAAGCAAAAUUUUCUCAACAUAACAUUCACUCCUGAUGUUUCUAUAAAAUAAGACUCAUUUGCCUUCGUCAACGGAAUCGAGAUUAUAUCCAUGGCCCCCAAUCUUUAUUACACCUCAAACCCACACAGCGGAGCAAAAUUGAUCGGGGAGGAUGAGCCUUUUACCAUAAAAAACGAGACGGCUCUUGAGAUGGUGUAUCGUAUAAACGUUGGGGGAUCGGCUAUCGCUCCAGCAAGCGACACAGGUAUGUACCGGAGUUGGGAAGAUGAUAAUAACUACUUAACGGAAGCUGGUUACAGCGUUCUUCCCGCUGAAGAUCACGACCUCAACUUCCAAUUUAUUAAACCAUACACCGCACCGGCUAGUGUCUACCUAACUGCACGGUCUGCCGGGAAUAUUGAUGAUAACGCUAAACUCAGGAGUUACAACCUCACAUGGGAAUUCCCUGUAGAUUCAAGGUUUUAUUAUCUGGUUAGAUUACACUUUUGCGAGAUUGAAUCUGUAAUGAACAAAAGUGGCGACCGGGUGUUUCUCAUUUACAUAGCAAAUCAAACCGCGGAGGAUGCAGCAGACAUACUGUAUUGGACUUAUGGCAAAAAAUUUGCUCCUUAUUAUAAGGACUACAUGCCAAUGUUUACGGAGGAUGGAGGUGAUCAGAAGAAAGUAAACCUCUCUGUUGCUCUGCAUGUAGCUCCGUACGAUUGGGGAUCUAUAAACAUCGAUGCAAUCUUGAACGGCAUCGAGAUCUUCAAAUUGAGCGAUAAUUUGAACAAUCUCGCUGGUCCGAAUUCUCACGCUCAAAGAAUCUGGCCAUCUCCUCCUGCAGCAUCCAGUGAACAGCAUACGAAGGGUGUGAAUAGCCGAACAAAAAUUAUCGGCAUUGUCUCAGGUGUAGUCUCCAGUGUAGUUCUACUCUCUAUCAUCCUCGGUUUCUUUCGAGGAGGAAAAGUCAAGAAAGUUGGCUCCAUUGACGGGACUAGCACUUGGUGGGGACCAGUUUCCUUUUGGAAGACCAAGUCCACCAAGACCCCUAGCUCAACUCUGCCGUCAGAUUUGUGCCGCUGCUUUUCCUUGGCUGAGAUCAAAGUCGCCACCAACAACUUCGACGAUGUUUUCAUUGUCGGGCACGGAGGAUUUGGAAAGGUGUACAAAGGUUAUAUCGACAAUGGGGCCACCUGUGUCGCAAUCAAACGGCUCAAGCCGGAGUCAUCACAAGGGGCCCAUGAGUUCAAGACUGAGAUUGAGAUGCUUUCCCAACUCCGUCACCUCCAUCUCGUCUCUCUAAUUGGCUACUGCAACGAUGAGCAUGAGAUGAUCUUGGUCUACGAAUACAUGGCACGUGGGACACUCCAGGAGCACCUCUACAACAGUGAUAAUCCACCGCUUUCCUGGAAACAACGUCUCCAUAUUUGUAUCGGAGCGGCACGUGGGCUUCAUCAUCUUCAUACAGGUGCAGUGCACACCAUCAUUCACCGCGACGUAAAGUCAACCAAUAUACUUCUGGAUGAGAAAUGGGAGGCCAGGUUUUCGGAUUUUGGGAUAUCAAAAAUGGGCCCCACCAGCAUGUCCAAGACCCAUGUGAGCACAGUGGUCAAGGGUAGUUUAGGGUAUUUGGAUCCUGAAUACUACAGGCGUCAGCAAUUGACAGAGAAGUCCGAUGUGUACUCUUUCGGUGUGGUCCUGUGUGAGGUUUUAUGUGCUAGGCCACCUUUGCUAGGAUCAGUGGACAAGAAACAAAUGAACCUUACGGAGUGGGCCCGCAAUUGUUGUCACAAUGGAAUGCUUGAUGAGAUUGUGGAUAAACAUCUGAAGGAUAAGAUUGCACCAGAAUGCCUGAGGAAGUACGGUGAGAUUGCGAUCAAUUGCUUGGCUGAUAACGGAAGCGAACGGCCAUCGAUGAACGAUGUGAUGUGGAGCUUGGAAUUCGCAUUGCAGCUCCAACAGAGCGCAGAGGAGAAUACAAGUCUAAAUGGGCAACUUACUAGUGAAAUGAAAGGUGAGGAUGAAGUGCCUUUUAUCAAUUACAGUGAAGAUGAAGGAAAAUUUACUUGUAGCAGGGAAUAUAUGUCGGAAUUAAAGAGUGGCGAAACCAAAACUAGUAGCAGCGAGCACAGCAGUGAGACAAAUCAAUAUAUUAAAGGGAUGUCUUGAACUGCGUUUUGAGAAAUCAAUAAUCCCCAAGCAAGAUGAUUCGCUCAUAAUAUGAAGGUAGCUAGCUUACUGAAGUGGUUGUUAGCAUGUUUGAAGGUAGUUAAUGAAUUUUCUUUUCUAACAGAGUAGUUUAUGUGUAAUGUCAAAUAAUUUGAAAUUUUUUUUCUAGCUUUCUAUAUAUUUGAUGUUUCCAAUCCAAAUUAAAGUCCAUGCUUAAGUUAGAUCGAAAAUAUGUGUCCAAAUUGUAUCUGUCUUCUUUGCUUAAAACUCAGAAAGCCGUUUAGAGGUUCCAUUUUCAGCUA